AUUGUUUCUUUCCAUUCCCUGCAUAAAUCCGAUGUCAUUUAAUUCAUUGGAAUAGCUUACUGUUCAUUUCAUGAUCAGGGCUAUCUUGAGCGAAACCAAGAAGGAUGUUCGGGAUUGUAAGGCGAAGAAUUGGUUUCGGUGCCUCUCAUGCUUCGAUUCUGGAUCGUUGUUUGCAUGGGAUACGACCUGCACUAUCCACAUCACGAUGCUACUCAACGGCAGGGAAAGAGAUGACAGUUCGAGAAGCUCUAAACUCUGCACUUGACGAGGAAAUGUCUGCUGAUCCUAAAGUCUUUCUAAUGGGUGAAGAGGUUGGUGAAUAUCAAGGUGCAUACAAGAUUUCCAAAGGUCUCUUGGAGAAGUAUGGUCCUGAGAGAGUUCUUGAUACUCCAAUUACAGAGGCUGGUUUUACGGGUAUUGGAGUUGGUGCUGCUUACUAUGGUCUUCGGCCAGUUAUAGAGUUUAUGACAUUUAACUUCUCUAUGCAGGCCAUUGACCACAUCAUUAAUUCUGCUGCAAAGUCGAACUAUAUGUCUGCUGGCCAGAUAUCCGUGCCAAUUGUUUUCAGAGGACCAAAUGGUGCUGCUGCUGGAGUUGGUGCCCAACAUUCCCAGUGUUAUGCAGCUUGGUAUGCCUCUUGCCCUGGGUUAAAAGUGUUGGCUCCGUACUCAUCAGAAGAUUCUCGUGGCCUACUUAAAGCUGCUAUAAGGGACCCUGAUCCUGUUGUUUUCCUUGAAAAUGAGUUGCUAUAUGGUGAGUCUUUUCCUGUUUCAGCAGAAGUUCUUGAUUCAAGUUUCAGCCUGCCAAUAGGGAAAGCAAAGAUUGAACGAGAAGGAAAGGACGUGACCAUUACUGCUUUCUCGAAGAUGGUUGGUUAUGCUCUCAAGGCAGCUGAAAUACUUGCAAAGGAAGGAAUUAGCGCUGAGGUUAUAAAUCUACGCUCGAUUCGACCUCUGGAUAAACCGACAAUCAAUGCUUCUGUCAGGAAAACCAAUAGACUAGUGACAGUUGAAGAAGGGUUCCCUCAGCAUGGUGUUGGGGCUGAGAUCUGUACAUCUGUUGUUACGGAGAGCUUUGGCUAUCUCGAUGCUCCAGUGGAAAGGAUUGCUGGAGCAGAUGUUCCCAUGCCUUAUGCUGCAAAUCUUGAGAGAAUGGCUGUUCCACAGGUUGAGGAUAUUGUUCAGGCAGCAAAAAGGGCAUGCUACAGAUCAGUACCCAUUGCUGCAGCUGCUUAAACAUAGCACUAUAGCAGGCAGUGUCAAUCUCUCCUACUUUAAUGUAAUCUUUUUGGCGAUUGUUAUCAUUAGCAUUCUAUUUUGAAGUCCUAUCUUCGGUGGAGAGUUCAGACAACUGGAAUGGCAUAACUGUGGUGGUUGGUUUAGCACAUCCAAUGAUGCUGGGACACAUAUUAAGGCGCCCUUCAAGGAUUAGGGUUUUGUA